CUCAAUAGAGGUUAGUUUUUUCCUUCUAGGAAUCAGUCUAAAGAUCAUAUUCUGAUUUAAUAUAUAAAAAUCCACAACUAAUACUUGGACAAACACAGUGUCAAACAUACUUGAAAGGCUUUUAGUUGAUCAUUCUUCCAAUGGAAGGCAAAAAUUUAUCUCUUCUUCACUGUCUUCUCCUCCAUGGCCUUAUCUUGGCUCUGGUUACUAAGAGGGCAACAUGUCAAUCCAAUAAAAAGAGCUAUAUUGUAUACAUGGGCAACCAGCGAAAGGAUGGGAGUUCCACAUCCUCACUUCAUAAAAGCAUGCUACAAGAUCCCUUUGGCAGCAAUUUUGCCAUGAAGUCGGUGCUCUGUAGCUACAAGAGGAGUUUUAAUGGGUUCGUGGUGGAGCUGACAGAGGAAGAAGCACAAAAAAUGGCUGGAAUGAGUGGUGUAGUAUCGGUGUUUCCAAAUGAAAAGAGAAACCUACAUACAACAAGGUCAUGGGACUUCAUGGGCUUCUCCGAACAAGUUGAAAGAGCAGCUUUGGAAAGUGAUGUUAUUAUUGGAGUUUUAGACACUGGAAUUUGGCCUGAAUCUGAAAGUUUUAAUGACAAAGGACUUGGUCCGCCUCCCAUCAAAUGGAAAGGCAUUUGCCAAACAGCUAAUAACUUUACUUGCAAUAAUAAGAUCACAGGAGCACAAUAUUACCGGAGUGACGGAUUAUUUGGCUCGGAUGAUCUCAUUUCACCAAGAGACUCUAGUGGCCAUGGGACUCAUACGGCAUCAACAGCUGCUGGGGGGUUAGUUAACAGGGCAAACCUGUUUGGCCUUGGCUAUGGAACAGCUCGAGGAGGGGCUCCUUCGGCACGUAUUGCUGUGUAUAAAAUUUGUUGGUCAGGUGGUUGUUAUGAUGCUGAUAUUCUUGCAGCAUUUGAUGAUGCAAUUGCUGAUGGGGUUGACAUUAUAUCCCUAUCAGUUGGAUGGCGGAUUCGUAGAGACUAUUUCAAUGAUUCUAUUGCAAUUGGCGCUUUUCAUGCUAUGAAAAAUGGUGUGCUGACAGUAAACUCCACUGGUAAUCAAGGUCCUAAUCGUGCAACCAUUACGAGUUUUUCACCAUGGUCCCUUUCUGUGGCUGCUAGCACCACAGAUCGAAAAAUUUUCACUAAGCUGAAGUUUGGAAACAAUAUGAUUUAUAAGGGUGUAUCAAUAAAUACAUUUGAUCUCAAUAAUGAAAUGUACCCUAUAAUUCAUGGUGGAAAUGCACCCAACACUAUUGGAAAAUUUACAUGGGCUUCAUCCAGGUUUUGCCUUCAGAACUCGUUGGACCACAAUUUGGUGAAGGGAAAAAUUGUUCUUUGUGAUAUGUUAGGCACUGGGAGAGAACCAUUACUUGCUGGUGCACUUGGUGCAGUGAUGCAAGACCAGGGAGCGAAAGAUUUUGCCUUCUCGUUUCCUUUGCCUGCUUCUUACCUUGAUCUGGUUGAUGGCAGCAAGAUUCUUAUAUAUAUAAACUCGACAAGUAAUGCAACUGCAACUAUAUUUAAGAGUAACGAGGAUAAUGACACAAUGGCUCCUUAUGUAGCCUCUUUCUCGUCAAGGGGUCCGAAUCCAAUUACACCUGACAUACUUAAGCCAGAUUUAUCUGCACCAGGAGUUGACAUUCUAGCUGCAUGGUCUCUACUUUCCCCUGUUUCUCAAAUUAAAGGCGAUAACAGAUUCGUACCUUUCAACAUAAUCUCAGGAACAUCAAUGUCAUGUCCCCAUGUUUCUGCAUCAGCUGCCUACAUUAAAUCAUUUCAUCCCACAUGGUCUCCUGCUGCUAUCAAAUCUGCCCUUAUGACCACCGCCUCCCCUAUGAGUUCCGGCAUUAACUUGGACGCUGAAUUUGCAUAUGGCUCAGGCCAUGUGAAUCCUAUCAAGGCUGUUAAUCCUGGUCUAAUAUAUGAUUCUGAAGAAGUUGACUACAUAAAAUUUUUGUGCGGACAGGGAAAUGGGACUCGAUUUGUUCAACUAGUCACGAGGGAUGAUACUACUUGUUCUGAAGCCACCAAUGGAACAGUUUGGGAUCUAAACUAUCCAUCCUUUGCUCUUUUUACCACAGCCUCAGAAACUGUUAGCCGCGUCUUCAACAGGACUGUCACAAAUGUGGGAUCACCAAUGUCUAUUUAUGGGGCAAAUGUGACUGCCCCAGCAGGAACACUUAAAAUCCGAGUUAAUCCUAGUGUUUUGCCAUUCACAUCUCACGGACAAAAGCUGUCAUUUGCACUAACAAUUGAAGGAACAACAGAUAAAUCUAUAGUUUCUGCUUCUUUGGAAUGGGAUGAUGGUGUACAUAAAGUUAGGAGUCCCAUCAUUGUAUUUGUUUCGAUAUCAUAA